AUGGAUAAUGAUGAUGCAAAGUUGGUAUCGAAUAUACGAAGUCAGCUAGACCGUCUUAUGCUACAGCUGACUGAAAUUGAACAAGAAAGAGAUUCGCUGGAUAAUGAUGAGUACGUGGAAAUGAAGAAUGAUACAGUGGAGCAGUUGAAGGAACUAGAGCGGACAUUGGAUCGUAUGAAAUGUGGUGAUGUUUCGUUAACUGAUGAGCUGACUGCUACAAAAAUGGCAAUCCAAAAUGCAAUAAGUGAGGCAUUCAAAACGCCGAAAAUUGCAGCAAUUUUUGCCAAAAAAGAACCCGCCUUACUUCGACAGAAACUAAUAAAGAUAGAAACCGAACAUCGCUUACGAAAGAUAUCAGACGAAACAUUUAAAACAAGAAAAUUAGAAGUUCUGUACGCUUUGUAUAAGCUAAACGACGAUUUAUCAGAUGAGGAGCGAAAUGCUAUGAAUGCUGCCUCAAAAAUUUCUGAUUUCCAAUUUGAAUUAGCAUCCAGUCAUUUGAGUUGCGAUGAAUCUAUUAUCAACGUUAACUUAUAG